AUGAAAUUACAUCGUGAAAAUAUACAAAAACCAUGUGCAUCAUCUGGUAUCGGCUUAGAAACAGCUCGAUCGCUUGCGCUUCAUGGAGCUCAUAUCGUCAUGGCAAAUCGGGAUUUUCUAGAGUCUAAAAAAAUAAGAGAUCAGAUUGUUAAGGACAAAGCAGAUGCUGCAAUUGAUAUUAUUAUUGUAAAUUUGGACUCGUUAAAUUCCGUUAAAGGAGCAGCAGAAGAGCCUUUGCAUGCUUUGAUAUUAAACGCAGGAGUAUUUAAUCCAUCUGCGAAAAAGACUUUGGAUGGUUUUGAGACAGCUUUUGGAGUUAACUAUCUCAGUCAUUUUUAUCUGAUUCAAUUGUUGCUUGAAAAACUUCGCCAAAGUGCCCCAGCUAGGAUCGUUGUCGUUUCCUCUAUUUCUCAUAAUCAUACUGGAGUAAAGUCUGAAUGGCCACUUGAAGAAAAAAUGAAGACGUUAAUACCUGGUAGACAAUUUUCGGAAGCAUUUUGUUCCAUAUAUAAGCAUUAUGCUGUUUCAAAGCUCGAUUUGAACCUCAUGGCGGUAAAGCUUAGUAGAGAUGAGAAAAUUAACAAUAUUUAUGUUUAUAUUCUACAUCCAGGAACGAUGAUUGGAACUGGGAUUGCUCGUAAUUUUGGAUUUCUGUGGCAAUUAAUAGCUAUGCUAACGAAGCCUUUUACAAAAAGUUUGCAACAGGGAGCUGCUACCACCAUAUUUUGUGCAGUAUCGGAUGACUUAAGAAAUAAUAGUGGUCAUUUUUUUCAAGACUGCCAAGUGGCCAAUCAAAAUUCUGCACAACUUUUGAUGUCAGAUGAAGAACUGCAAGAUUUGUUGUGGAAUAAAACUAUGGAUAUCAUAAAUGAAUUCGAAAGGAAACUAAUUAAAUCGUAA